AUCACACCCAAAACUUUCUCCCGGACUCAUAAAAUACUCAGUAGAACUUUCUCCUCAAAUUACUAUGUGAUUUAGCGCUCUGAUGUUAUCGAAUUUUUGGUGAUAAGAUGUCCAAGACAAGUCCAGCCACUCCUACGAAAACGCCCAAAGAGACUAAGGGAUCGGUCUCGGCUGUCCCUGGGAGCUCUGGAGGCUCAUCAGGCGGCAUCUUUGAUCUCCACAGUACAUUUGGACAAGUGACCUUUAUCGCCAUCGUGGCAGCAAUCGCUGUGCUCAUUCAGACACUCCCACGCGACUUUCUAGCUCAGAUUGGCCGGAGCGCUUGUCCCAAUGCUUGUCCUGAAGAUACUCAAAAAUCUCUUCAACCGCCAGUAAUUAUCACACCUCCUCAGCCCUCCUUUGUCAUCUACAAUCCUCGCAGCCGGCGAGAUGAUCAUCUCUACCACGUGAAAACAGUUCUGAAGCGACUGGGAUUCAGUCAAGCUCGGAAUGACAGUGAAGAUUGGGAUCUCAUGUGGGCACACGAUUAUCCCUUCCUCAGACUUCCCUCUCUGCGUGAAAUGGAGGAUUAUCAAGUGGUGAAUCACUUCCCGGGAUCGGGAUUCAUCACGAACAAAGUGGAUUUGGCUCUCACCGAAUCAAAAUACAUUCCAAAGGCCUUCCGAUUGCCUGAAGAUGUGGACAAAUUCCAGGAGUACGUCAAAGAACAUCCCAACAAGGAGUUUGUCCAGAAGCACAACCAACAUCGUCACAUCUACCUCAAAACAGUGCCUGAGAUCAACCUGAGCGACAAUGACACAUUCAUCCAGGAAUACAUGAGCAAUCCUCUGCUCGUGGACGGCAAGAAGUUCGACAUCGGCGCUUACACCGUUAUCACCUCAAUCGAUCCCCUCCGGGCGUAUGUGUACCACGGAGACUAUCUCCUCCGCUUCUGUCCGGUGGAGUAUCAUCCCUUCAGCAAGGACAACGUGGACAAGUACGUCGUGGGCGACGAUUACACGCCCAUCUGGGAGAUGGAGUCACUCAAGGACUUCCACUUGACGUUCGGAUUCGGCAUGAAAGACUCCCUAGACGCGCAUCUUCGCACCAAGGGCCAGGAGCCGAGAGUGAUCUGGGAGCAGAUUCACGACUCCAUCAGAGAAGUGCUGCUGCGCAAAGAGCACCUCUUAAAGAACUCCUUGCAGCGCUUCAGAACCCGCAGAAACUUCUUUGAAUUCAUGAGAUUCGACUUCAUCAUAGAUGAGAACUUGCGGGUGUUCCUCCUGGAGGCCAACAUGAGCCCCAACUUGUCCUCCGCCCACUUCAAGCCCAAUCAGCUUCUCUACGAGCAAGUCAUCUACAACGUGCUGAAGCUGGUGGGAAUCGGAUCUGCUCUGCAGAGAGAGUCCCUCGAGACUGGAAGCUCCGACGAGGAAGCCAUGCAGUCGUCACUCAAGAACAUUGUUGUGAGUGCUAAUGAGUGCGCUGGGGAGCUGUGCAGAGCUUCCUGCGACGAUUCCAAGUGCAAACUCUGCCGCCAAUGCUUGUCUAGAGACGACUUGGCGGUUCUUCACGCUGCCUAUCGAGAGCACAGCAAUCGAGGAGACAUGCUGAGGAUCUUCCCAGUGUCUGAACAUCCUGACCAAGAUGCUCUCAACCCAAGGAAUGCCCUCAUGAGCCGAUGGUUCUCUGAAAAGUGCCAAAUUGACUCCACUUUCUGUUAGAACUUCCAGAGUGUGUUCAAAUAAACGCGCCAUAGCAAACUGCUAGAAAAACAAUUGUUUUCCAUUCCAGAAAAAAAACUUCAUUGUUGUGCUCUGCUGUGCUG